GUGCCACUUUCAGGUCUCCUCACACUGCUGGUGUGUUCCAUUUUUUGUCAUAGGGUGCUGGCAGAUUACGGGCCUCCCAUAGCUGCUGCCAGGCCCCUAAUCUGCCAUGGGCCCCCUAUACCGCCUCCUCAUGCUGCUGCCAAGGUCCAGAGUCUCUCAUGGGUCCCUGUACGGCCUCCCAUUGCUGCUGUCUCCAUCGCCACACUCUGCCAUGUGCCACUUUCAGGUCUCCUCACACUGCUGGUGUGUUCAAUUUUUUGUCAUAGGGUGCUGGCAGAUUACGGGCCUCCCAUAGCUGCUGCCAGGCCCCUAAUCUGCCAUGGGCCCCUAUAUACCGCCUCCUCAUGCUGCUGCCAAGUCCAGAGUCUCUCAUGGGUCCCUGUACGGCCUCCCAUUGCUGCUGCUGUCUCCAUCGCCACACUCUGCCAUGUGCCACUUUCAGGUCUCCUCACACUGCUGCUGGUGUGUUCAAUUUUUUGAC